GUCAUCCAGUCAACAACCGACAUCUUCAAUCCUUUUAUUAUACUGCCAGAAAAGAAACGAUUAUUUUAUUAUUUUAAACGUGAUGUAUAGAUAACCAGACAUACAGAGAUCUGUUUUAUUGGUUGCAUACUAUAUGUUCAGCUAUGCUGCUAUCACAGAAUUUAUUCUGUGCUGCUAUUUUAACUCUUAUGCAUGUAUAAAUACAUGAUACAUUUUUGUUUCUCGUAACUGGCUAAUUUACAUCUAAUAAUUUUAAUUAUAGAAAUAAUUCUAAUAAUAGAAGUAUGUGGGCAAAUAAGUCUUCAUAGGCAAAUUUUCUAUGUGGAAAAUCGAAUAAAAUCGAGCACAUUCUACAAUGACGGUGACAGCAUGGUGACAGUGUCAAUGAAAUAAAUAUUUUUAAAAGGUAUAUAAUAUUCGAGAUAAUAUUGUGGGUAUAGUAUCAAAUGCAAAUAAUAAGAAGAAUGUCUUCCGCUGCAAUAUCAAAAUUAAAAGACGUUGAUAUCGAUGCUAAAGGAGUUUUUAAAUACAUAUUACUCAAAGUAAAGGUACCCACUGCUGAUGGUAAACUAGAAGAUAAAACAAUAGUUCGAGGCUAUGCGGAAUGCCCUUUUCAUACUGAUAUAAAUAACAAAGUUAUAUCUGAAUUGGAAACAUUAAAAUCUCAGAAAAUUAUCCAAGAUUUUGGUUCUACAGUACUCGGUGGGGGCAAAAUUCAACAUGAUCCAGAUAAGAAAACCAUCAACGUAUACGGAGAAUCAACGGGUUAUGGUAAAGCAGACCAUCAACUUGCAGUUGCUAUUUUGAAGAAAGCUUAUCCAAAUUAUAAUAUUACUUUCUCUGAACCAUCUUCCAAGUGAUAUUUAUUGCAUAUACCUAUAUACGAUUAAAUACAUUUUUAUAAAAAAUGUAAAUUACAAUAAUAGUAGGUAUAGUUAUAUAAAAAAUAAUAGUAAUAUAUAAAAAAUUGUAUUGCUGGGAUGUUCUGUAUUCCUGUAGUUGCAAUUCUAACAAGCGUUUGUGAGCUUUGAGUAGGUAUAACAAUAUGUCUUAUAAGAGUAAAAAAUGUUAAUCGAAAACGAUUUUUUGGAUGCCAAUAUAGAUAUACAGAAUCUUAAUCUGCUCAUUGUCAUAAGAACUAGAGUUUCUUAAAACAAUCGACAGUAUACUGGGUUUAGAGAAACAAUCAGUGGUAUGCACCUGUGUGUGAUUUAUCCAUAAUGUACCAAGUGAUAAAAAUAAGAAAUAAGAACGGACUCGAUAAAUGUUUGGAUCAUAGAUGAUGUGUGGGUGUAAAAACGUCAAACCCGGUGGUUGAACUGCUGUGUCAGUCUUUACCCUUACUGAGAGAAACGAAUAUAUUAAAUGAGCCUGUAACCACAGAUUAUUAAUGAAACCUAAUACAGUUCAAAAAGGGAUUUAAAAACCUUUCACUGUGUCUAAAAUGUAUAUGUUUGUCCAUUUAAAAUAUGUAAGUUUAGAUUUCUAAAGUAGAUACCUAAAGACAAAUAAAGUUCAUUAAUAGAAACACCUUGUAGAUUAUUGUGACAUUACACAAUAACAUGUGGAAAUAAAAGUAGCUCAGAAUAUAGGUACCUACCAAAUCUAUUCUAUAAAAUGAAAAUUACAUUAGUUUGUGAAAUUCAAUAAAAUUUAUAUAUUUGACUUCAUAGCUAAGCCUAAUUUAAUGUAGUAUUUUGUAUUUUCUAUUUCUCUUUACUAUUUUAAAGAAAAAUUAAUUUAAAAUUAAAAAAAAAAAGAAAUGGAGAAAUUGAUAAAAUUUAGAACUAGAACCAUCUAUUGAAAUAACUCUGAAAUAAAAUUUAAGUAAAUCUGUAAAAUAUUAGAUAGAAGAAACUACUUAUCAAAUAUUGAUAUUUUACACUCAUACUAAUAGAUGGCACUGGUUACUUUGGUCGUUGCUAUAGCGUGCUGUGGUUUUCAAAAUCAACAUUUUGAAUAUAUUCCUUUCCUUACUCGGCAUUUUUAUUUGUCUUAUCAUUUAGAAUGGUUGUUGGGUGUUAUACAUUUUUGCUGAAAAUUAAUUGAGGAAGAAUGCUUUUAGUUAAUAUCUUUCAAAUGUCUAUUUUAAGCAAUAAACCCAUUAAAAACCAAUAGAAUGGUGAAAAGGGGGCUGAGGAAGUAACCAAUAGAAAUUCCUCAGAUAAUACAUUUUUAGCUAUACAGGGCCAAUCCUUUAUCCAUAGAUGAGUGUAAGACACCUCUAUUAUUAAUUUUUUUUCAAUUGGGGUGAUCAUGUUCAAUAUACCUACAGGGUGACAAAGUUAAUUUUAAAAAAAUCGUUUUUCAUUAUAUUUUCGUCGUUUUAAUAGAUGGCUUAAAAUGGGUAAACCGAAGUUUUUUGGGAUGGCAAAUUAUAAUUUGAGCCUAAAUAUCACCUACCUCUAGAGGGCACUAAUUGCGUG